AACGAACAAUUUUUACAUCAGCCAGUAUUUUAAUUUGCGUUUAUACUGAUUUUGCUUUUCUACUCUUAGUACUGGGUUGACUUUGCAAUUUUGCAAUAAGUUUUUUAUUACGAUGUUGGUUGUUAUGUUUCUCCGUUUUGUUUAUUUUAUGACAGCUGUAAAGAAUGCUGGCUACAAAGGAAGUAAACAUUCUUUAAUGUGCUUAAAUACAGCUUUAGGGUUAUGUUAAUUCUGUACAAGGACAAUUACUGGUUGCGUUUCUUGCAAGAACUUGAAAAGUUUUGCAACAUAGAGAAAUGAUGUGAGCUGUUAUUCGUAUUGGUAGUCAAUACUUCCAAACAAGUUUUCGCAUGGAAAAUGAUGGCUGCUUGCAGCAAGUUAUGUAUACCGAGCAUUGGGCCAGACUUGCCAUUGCAAGACAAAUUUUCAAUCAGUCCGAAGGAAACUGUUGAUGAGAACGAUGAUGACGAUGAUGAUGCUGAUUCUGAUUUCUCUGUUUUGAACGCCACACAUUUUAUGAGCACACCUUUUUGCGGAGAACACGGAUUAGUUGUGAAAAAUAAGAAAAACUCAGAAAUACAGAAUUUAGCAAUGCCCCCACAAAAUUUAUGUAAAAAAACAUUACCUGAUCUUGAACAGCUUACUUUCCCCCCAAACCUCCACGAAACAGAACUGAAGUUGAUAUCUAAAGAAUUUAAAUGUGAAGGAGAAAAUAGUGAAAAAAUAAAAAAAAGUUCAGUUCAGGAUGUGAAGGAAAAUGAAGCAGACCUUAUUAAUGCAAAAGAUUUGAAAAAUGUGCUUAAAAAGUAUGUAUGCGAGCAGUGUAAAUAUACUUGUAAGUGUAAAACUGAUUUGUUGGAACAUUUGAAAAAACACGUGAAUCAAAAAGCAGUUGUCGGCCGCACAAAAAAGCGCAAAGAUAAGCCGAACGACAAGAAGGCUUUAGCGUGCAAGAUAUGCGGUAAAAAAUACAAGAAGAGCGGGAGUUUGGCGAAGCACGAGCUGGAGCACGAAGGCAGAGGGCAGUUCAAGUGCAGGUUUUGCGGCGAGGUGUUCCUGUCGGACGCGGAGAGGGUGAAGCACCGGGAGAAGCACCACGAGAAGCACUGGAAGUGCCCCACGUGCCACCACACCUUCGCCACGGAGGAGAAGCUGCAGACGCACGUCCGCUGGCACGAGAACAAGGAGCUGGAGGUGUACGUGUGCAACGUGUGCUCCAAAGAGUUCAAGCUGAAGGUGAACCUGAAGAUCCACGUGGAGAGCAAGUGCGGCACGGACCCCCAGCACGUGUGCAAGGUGUGCGGGAAGGCGUUCAUGACGCGCGGGACGCUCAUCACCCACACGCUGCUGCACACGGGCGAGAAGACCUUCCUGUGCCGCUUCUGCGGCAAGAGCUUCCGCCUGAAGGUGGAGAUGCAGCGGCACGAGCGCUCGCACACGGGGGAGAAGCCCUUCGUGUGCAAGGUGUGCGGCAAGGCCUUCGCCCACCGGGAGUCCCUCGUCACCCACAACACGCUGCACACGGGCAUCCGACCCUACAUGUGCGAGACUUGCGGGGGCACCUUCUCCUGCAUCGGGAACCUCAUCAAGCACAAGAAGACGCACCGCAACACUUGCGGCACGGCCACGCCCAAGGCGAGCCACGGCGGUGGUUCUUCUGCGAGGGUCGCGGCCAAGAAGGCCGGUGCGGGGGCCCCCGCCGUCCCCACGAAGUCUGACCCGAGCUCGCAGUCCACGCCGGGACAGAGGAGCGUUGCGAACAUCGGCAUACCCGCCCCAUCUUGUUACAACUUCAAACAGCCCAGUUUUGAAGAAAAUGUGGAAUGGGUACCCCAGCAGCCAUUUUUCAACAACCAUGCUCAGAAUGAAAGGUUUUAUCCUUCCAUGGAUUCACACAUCAUAGACAAAGCCUUUAAAAGCUCUCACAUUUAUUGGGGAAGCGGGAACGGCAUCAUGGGAGUUCCGCAGGAAAGCAUGCAACACUCGUUUGGGAUCUACAACCCCGCCAGGAACAGCAGGCAUGGCAUGUUGCAGCCACACAUAUUGUACGCCAGCUCGGGUGAAGAACCCAUUCUGUCGCACCGGCCCGUCGACACCUUCCUGCACAAUCUCGACAGCAACAAAGUGUCGUCAUGUCACAGGCUUCAGAACCUGGAGAGCGAGAAGCUGAUGUACAGUAAUUACAGGCAUUACAACUGGGAUAACGGCAGCAGUAUGUGCGAUUUCAAACAAGAGGGUGCUUCGCUUCAGAGAGACAGGAACAGAGUCCUUCAGCACCAGUUAAAUCAUAACGGUCAACAGAUGCACCCAACUCGUGAUUGUAAUGGCAUUAAUGUCCCCUCUCAGUCUGUCGUAGACAAUCAUCAUUCUUAUCAGUUUGUUGGCGAAAACAGGCAGCAAAGUUGUGCUGGUCCAAUGAUUGGAGGAAAUGAAUCAGCUUCUAGUUUCAUUUCAGAUUAUGUUGGAAGGCAAAAUCCGUAUGUAGCUACCAGCGUAGGUUUUGGUGGAAGUAAUGCUCUUCCUGUUCAAACACAUGCUAAACAUGAAGACAAAUCAGAAUAUCACCAAGAAGUACCUAACCCUGGGGGGAAUGCCAUCAAUAACAUUGAAAGGCAAGUAUUGGACAAAAAUAAUCCAAGUGGUCAAUACAGAAAGAACUUUAGUGAUGUAAACCACACGUUAGUGAAAUCUGGGUGUCUUCAUGAGGUUAACAAUAGUUUUAGUAAUAGAGAUGUUACAAGUUGUAUUAAUGAGAAAAUAGCAAGUGUUGGUAGUGCUGAAGUGUUAGUUGAGUGUAAUAAGGUCAAGAGCAAAAACACAAUUGACACGUGUGAAGCAAAUGAAAGUGCAGAGGUUCGGUCUGGAAGGGAGAGAAAACAAAAAUGCCCCAUAAAAUGUGAUCUUCGGGUAACAAAGUACAUGAAGGAAGAUACUCUUUCUCGCGAUAGUCUAAACAACUCCGACGAUAGUAGGUUAGACGAGUUCGUCGGUCCAGCGGAUGUUGCUGGGAAAGACGAGAACAUGUCAAAUAUUACAUGCAAUGCUCUUGUUUCUUGUUCUCACUGCAGUUUGGAAUUCCCUGAUGAAACGUCUUUGUUAAACCACGUUUUAAUUCAUAGCAAGCAAGACAUCAAAGAUGAAAAUAACGAUUCGGAAGAUGAAAAUGAUUCGGAUGACGAAAAACCUCUCCUUCAGCGUUUUAAUCAGUUUUUGCUGGAAAAAAAAAUUAGCAUUCUCAACAGCGAAAAAAAAUUUGUCUGUAACGUCUGCAAAAAAGGAUUCGGCGUGGAAUCUCACCUGAAACGCCACUUGAAAACGCACGCGUCGAACCCCGAGGUGCCCUCUUGCAGCUUCUGUGGCAAGCGGUACCUGAACAAGGCCUGCCUGCUGAAGCACGAGGCGCAGCACACGAGCGCGGUGUCGCUCAGCUGCAAGGAGUGCGACGAGCGCUUCGACUCGAGGGCCGCGUACAAGAAGCACCGACUGUCGCACCCCGAGGGCCAGCACCCGUGCGCCUCGUGCCAGCGCACCUUCCGCAGCGCCGCCAACCUCGGGAGCCACGUGGCCCGCAAGCACGCGGGCGGCGGUGGGGCGCCGGAGAUGUUCGCCUGCCAGCUGUGCGGCAAGCAGUUCAAGCAGAAGGGCAACCUGAAGGUGCACGUGGACAGCCGCUGCGGCUCGGAGCCGCGCCACGUGUGCAAGGUGUGCGGGAAGGCGUUCAUGAGCGUGGGCUCGCUCACGACGCACUUCCUCCUCCACACGGGCGAGAAGACCUUCCUGUGCCGCUUCUGCGGCAAGAGCUUCCGCCUGAAGGUGGAGAUGCAGCGGCACGAGCGCUCGCACACGGGGGAGAAGCCCUUCGUGUGCAAGGUGUGCGGCAAGGCGUUCGCCCACCGGGAGUCCCUCGUCACCCACAACACCAUCCACACUGGCAUCAAGCCCUACAUGUGCGAGGCCUGUGGGUGCACCUUCUCCUGCAUCGGGAAUCUCAUCAAGCACAAGCAGACUCACAACAAGAGAUGCCAGAAUUCUGAAAAAUGAGUUAGCCUAGUGUUAUACACAUGACAGAGUUAAAAUAUUUUACAGAACACACACACACAUAUAUAUCCAUCGAAUUUUCAACUUAUGGUUUUACUAAAAAUAGUGGGCCCUAUAUAGGCCAGUAGCGUUAAACUUCCAAUUCGGAAAUAAUUCCUGCAAAAGGUUUUUUUGUUUAAAUGGCUUCAUUUGUGACCCAAUAUGACUCUCCUAUGUUUUCCCCCUCGGGGGAGUUGUGGAAAAGUGGUGGGGGGUGAAAAUGUAUCCCCAAAAGGGGUGUUUUUACGGUUUUUUGCUUUUAUCUCCCACACUAAACAAAAUAUUUGAAAAGUACAUUUCAUAAGAGUUAUAGAGCAUUAAUCUCUGCGUUGAAUGGUACCAAGAACAAUUUUUUUGGACAAUUCGUUACCAAACUACAGCAGCUGAAAGUUUGACCAAUUUUCAAUAUCAGUGUAAAUGGUUGGUUUUAAUUACAGGUUUUAGACGGUGUCUUAUUCAAAAAUUAAAAAUUAGCCAAUUGGCCCAAAUGUUAACAUUAAUUACAAUGGUUGUUUUAACUUCAGGUACAGAAUUUGGUCACAAACAGGAUAACAGUAAUAUACUAUACAAAAUUAGUAUAUUUAUAUUAACAUGAAAAUGACCUCGGGAGCAAUGUGCCUCUUCAUUCUGCAGAGCCGCUCUGCAGAUUUGAUGCUUUUGGUACGCAGGUCUUCGGGGUAGCCAUCAAAAACCACAGUGGUAGCUUUUCUAUUGUAGUGGCGUUUCAAGUUAUCAACAUACUGGUUGAUAAUACAUUGAAAGGCAUCGCCAUUCUUCCAUACCACUCGGUGUAAUAAAAAUCCUCCAUCAAUGACGUGAGCCGCUCCAUCGAGGUUAACUUCUCCUACAGGAUCAAAAAAGUCAUAAAGUACAGACUUAGGUGCCUUCCUCAUUCCAACCUCAUUGAAUAGAGACAGGGGAUAUGAUGCCAGCUCGUAUUGGAAGAAUUCCCUUAGCUCUUCAUCAGAUUUCUUGAGGAGUGCGAUACAGUGAAAUAUUGUCUCAGGAUUGACUGGUACAUCCUCCCCAUGAAUGGUAAACUUUGACUUGAAACCUUGAAUGUUCAUGACGCGAUUCUUUCUGACAAACUUGAUUUGGUCAAAGUUUUGUCCCACCAAGGUAAAAAUUGACGAAUUCCCAAUUUCAAAGGCUCUGUGACAGUUUAUUGAUUCAUCUCCCAUGACACCUGUACUGAUGGACAUCAUGAAGUCGCUUGCUGGAAAAGGAUCGCGAGAUUGAAACCACUCCACAAACUUCUGUACAUCUCCAUUAUCACGCUGGACUCUAGCAUCUCUGGCAUCAACAUACUGCUCUGAGGUGGUGAAUGAAACCCUGCUAAAAUCCUCGACCUGUUGUGCCACUGUUGUAACUAUUGGCAUGGUGAUUGCCCAUCUGCUGAGAGUACUAUCUGAAACACCACGACCAUGACUAAGCCCUCCACUACUUUUUAAUGAGCGCAUGAGGGUCUGCUCAAUGGUCAUGCCAGACCAAAUCCCACUCCAAAAUUUAUCAGAUCUUCUGAUUGUAAACUAUCCAUUCAGCACAAGCCUCUUAUACUCUUUUUGAGAAAGUUUCUCUUGUAGGUCCAUCAUGUCUUGCAGAUAGAGCUGCGCUGACUUAGCAUACAAAAAAUGCCCACUUGCAUGGAAAUAGGGCAACAUCUUCACAGUACUCAGAUGCAGCUCCCAGUCACCAGUCCUCUGCCUGUAUGAACUGCUUCAUGAGGGUGGUCAUUUUGAAGUAGAGCACCCAUAACUUGGCAGUGGGACCAUUAUCCUCCAUUUCUUCGAGUUUCUCAGUGGACAGCUGCUUCAAAUAUUCGUGAUCAAGUUCUUCCAAGGGAGUCUGAAUGGGAAGGUUCUUCUGAGUCCUCAUUACCCCUCAUUUUCGUAAGGAUGACAUUUGCAAGAGCCAAAUUGCAGAGAGUAUGUGCAUGAACUGCCCUUGAAUAAGCACGCCCAGCCAUCAUAAUUUCUGUUGAUGCUUGGGCAUAAGCAAUGCUGAAUAGCUCUUGCAGCCCACUUCCAUUCAUGAUGUAGCCUAUGGUUCCCAGGUACGACUUUAAAAGAUGAAAACCCCCCAACCGUACAAUGACUAUGUUCAACUCAGAAUCGGGAGUGGAAGAUGCCACUAUCUCACGUGCCUUUAGAUAGAGAGGCUGGUCAAAUGUGACAAAACAGACAUUUUGGUCGAGGAUCUUGCAUUUUUCAACUGCUGAGAGAAGUGAAGUAUAGAUGGUGUCAUAGUUACUGGGAGGUGCAUUUAUGAAUGGAAGGAAAACCGCGAGUGAUUUUGAGUAGGGUUUUGAGGACAUGAGCUGCUCCAUAAAACCAUUCCAACCUGGGAGUUCAUAUCCUUUCCAUUUUCCCACAAUACAGUCUCACAUGUCUGAAAGCGAGUACGCAUUCCAUCACCUCGUUUCUUACUGCACUCAACCAACGUUCUGAUUCCUCUUGCUUUCACAGUCACAGCCUCACCCUUCUCUAUUGUCACUUCACACACAGCACACGUAUCCGUCAUAUUGUAUCGGGCAGAAACAUGUUUAUCAUAUAACUGCAGGUAACUUUUUUUUUUGCUAGUUUUGCUUGCAUUUGCGUGGUUUGAUACCUUACCUGCGCUCUGUGGGCGCAGUUACGCUGCGUCCGAGGCGUAGUUGCUUGAGGCGCCGUGUGAUGUCUCUGCAUGUCGGGCGCCCUUUAGUGCUAGUGUUAAGGUCGAGUUGUGAGCAGGGAUUUUUAUUUCGGCGGUUGAUACAGUGUAAGAAUCUUUUGUUUGGCAGUUAGUGCCGUGACUGUUGUUAGAUUGUUACAAAUCGAAUUCAUGCCUUUAUGUGUUUGCUUUAAGUGUAGUUGAAACCAACCAUUUCUGCUAUUGUUGAAAACUUGUCCAACGUUAACCUGCUGUAGUUUGGUAACGCGUUGGCCGAAAAAUUCGCUUUUGAUACCAUUUGACACAAAAUUUAAUUCUUAAAAAAUGUUAUGUAAAAUAACUGUUUGAUAAACAGGUUAAUUUGAAGAAAUUUAAGAAAAACUGAUAUUAAAAUGAAAAUUAUUCGUAAAAUUAAGAAAUUUAUAUGACUUUCACCUUUUGUAGUUUAGCAAUGGGUGGUCCAAAAAAUUUUUUUCCUGGUUUUAUUUUACACAGAUUUUAAUGCUCUACAACUUUUAUAAAAGGUACUUUUCAACAUUUUGUUAAGUGAGAUACAAGUGAAAAACUGCAAAAGUAUUCCUUUUGGGGGUACAUUUUCACCCCCCACCAUUUUUCCACAACUCUCCCGGGGGGGAAAACUUAGGAGAGUCAUGUUGGGCCAUAAAUGAAACCAUUGACGCAAAAAAACCUUUUGUAGGAAUUAUUUCCGAAUCGGGUGAUUUUUGUGUUUAACGCUACUGGCCUAAUAUUAUUUCCUGAUACACAGUGAUGGCUGCUGGGACUAAGAAACUUGUGAUUUUUUUCUUUUAGUAUUUAUGAUUUUUAUAAUUUUUACAAGUAGUAGUUUCUUAUUCAUGAUAUAUAAUAGUGUGAAAUCUUGCAAGGGUGUAUUUUUUUAUUAAUUUUAUUGUCACAUGAUUAAUUUUAUUAGUAUAUAGAACCAUGCAAUAUAGAAACUUAAAGGUAGAAUAUUAAGUACUUGUUGCAAUUGUAUAAUGCUUGUGAAGCCAAAGGAAAACAGAAAAAAUCAUAUUUGUCAUAUUUUAAUUUGCAGGUGUGAAAGCUAAGCCGAUUUAAUAUCAAAAAUUGUGAUGAAUAUUUAGUUUUAUUGAGUAAUCAAAGUUGUUUUGAUUUUUUUUGUUAGUAUAUAACACAACAUAGAAACUAACAUUAAUUGCAAAACGUAGAAUAGAUGCACUAGAUAUAAAGAAAUCUGAAAAAAAGUAGAGAUAAAAAUGUAUUUAUUUCUGCCAGUUAGCUCUAAACUUUUAACUGUAAUUAAACCUUCAAGAAAAUAAGUAUAGAAUACCUAAGUUUGCAUAGUACACACAAAUCUUUUCAGAUGUGUGGAACCGAGAAGUUAAAAAAACUACUGCUUAAAAGAUGGCAAAAUAUAUUUAUGCAGUUAUAGUUCUAGACUCUUUUUUUAUGGGUAAGCAAGUAAAAGUGAAUAGUCUGAUCAUGUACUAGAACUUCAUUUGUAUUGUCUCCUCUUUUUUUUAAGGUGGACAUUUUAAAGUGUAAACAUCUUAGCUCCCAGUAUAUGGCAUUUAGUAGGAGUAAUUUCGUUAAUGGAAUGCAAACCGAAUGGACUGGGAAAUAUGUUCCUAAAUAGGUGCUGCCAUCUGUGGAAGUCUUAGAAAUCUCUAAAAGAGGGGAUAUUUGUGCCAAACUAAACUUUAUAAUAGUUCAACAUUACUUGAAUACUCAAUGUUAUAAUUUAUAGUCAUAAAAAUAAAUAAUGACAACUUAAAAAAUACACAUUACAAGUUUGAUAAUCCUUAGUUAGCUUUGAAAUAGAGAAUUUCUGCCGCGUUCGUAAUGCUGUAGAAAACCAAUAAAAUGUUAAAUAUCUUGACUCCGUCUUUCUUCCAACACAUUUUCCUGUCUAAUAAAUUGUAGGUAUUUUUAAAGUUACAAUUAUAUCUUGUUAUGACUAUUCAAGUACCUAUACAAAAUGUAUUCCAGGUUAGUUUCACUACCGUAAAGUUUACUUUGGCACAUCAAUACGCUUAGUACAUCCCCCAACGUUUGCAAAAGUUCAUUUAUGUGUGUGCAUGUUGCCACACAUGGGUCCGCCAUUUUGAUGACUUCGGCUCGUGGCUACAGCAGUUUCUGCUUGCAUGCUCUUUGGACUUUCAAACUGUCAAAUUUCCUUUGUGAAAUGCAUGCUUAUUUAAUUUCAUUUCUGGUGCAUACUAGAAUUUCACCCUCAACACGCCUUAAGAAGUAUAACCUCAAAAACUUAAUUCCAGUCUAGGUGGGAAGGUCACAGGUUCAGCGUUGAGGCACUUACAUGUGAUGGGUUCAGUACCUUUGUUGUUUGACUUGCCCUGAGAAAAGAGUAGUAGUACUAUCUCGUUAAACAGAAUUAUAGUUAGGUUUUACCAAUUUUUGCCUAAAAUGAAUAGGUACUUUUCGUAUACUUAUCACGCUCAGCAUUAUUUUAAAGAAUUCUACGUUAAAUUUUGUGUCCAAGUUUGGUAACAUAGGUUAAUUUGAGAACACGUCAAUUUGCUCGUUACCAAUGUUAGAUGUUUACACAUCACGGACAAGUACUGAAAGUCCCUCUCACUUUAUUUUUAAUGAAUUAGUAGAGUUAUGCAAAGAUAUUAGUAAACAUAUUAAAUUAAUACUUUCACUCCCUCUAGAUCUUGUGCCAUUUCAUAAUUAUUGGCAAUAAUUAUUAUUUUGUAAGAACAAUUUGUAUUCUUAAAGCAGUCAGAUGCAGUUGAUAUGUAUGGAACAUUUCUCCUUAAUGUGCAUUUAAAUAAUUGAAACCUUCCAAGUAUUCAAAAAUGCCCCAACUUAAUGUUAAAAUUAAUUGCAAGAAUUUUUUUUCAAAUGUUCUAUAUUGGCUGUCACAUUUUUUUUUUUUUUACCGUAAACUAGUCUUCACUUUACAGUGUAAACAGCAUGAAAACAAACUGAAACAGAAUUUACAAAAAGAAGGUUGGGUUGUUUUGUCACAUGGUCAUACACAGAGGCUCACAGCACUGGUUAUAGUGGGCUAAGAGCUACUUCAGCACUCACAUGAGUGGUAGUUUUUUGGAAUGGAGUUGUCAACCCUUACCACAUGAGCAGACACACAAUAGUUAGUAGGCCUUAGUGACAUCCGGAACUUCAUUUUCAAUGUGUUGGUAUCAGCUAUGUUAAUGAUGGUUUCAAAAAUGUUUACCUUGACAUGUCUGUCGUGGUGUGUCAUUCUCAAUGCUGCCCACUGGGGUUUGGUUUUAUCAGUAUUUACAACACCAACAUUUACUUAAUUUUUUAUUCUAUUAAGGAACUAUUUUAAAAAAAAAUCUUUUGAAUGUAUAAGUGAAAACGUUAUAGCAUUAUUGACCUCAACAUGUUAGUCUCAACCUUUUUUUUUUUGUGACAGCAACAAUAAUUUUACCUUGACACAUUGAAAAACUAAAUUUUAAAAUAAUGUUGACUAAUUGCUGUGUUGCACAGCCUUAGGUAGUUCAUAAUUUUUUUCCCCCCUGAUAUUAAAGAAGUUAUUUGUAGAUAUACCUUUACCCUUGCAUGUCUUGAAAUUGUACAAUUUGUUGCAAGUGGCAAAAAAGUUAAAAAGCCUGGUUGGACAUGUAAAAUUAUUUUAUCACAGGCUUGGAUUCUGGGAGUGUAGCCUUGAAGUGCUAGAAAUUAAUAAAAUCUCUACUUACAGCAAAUAUUUUCAGGGUUGAUUUUAAGCUGAAAGUUUUUUUUUCUGUUGAGAGAGACCAUUAAAUUUUUGAUUAUAGUGACAAAUGCAUGCAUGCAAAAAUUACAGUGGAAAAGCUAAAUGAUUUUAAAAUAAAAAUUGUGUAUCAGAUUCAAGAAAAUAAAAGUGUCCAUUAUAUUAUGUGCAUAAUUAAUUUUUGGAAGUUAAACUGCAUUUUGUCAUGGCAAAAAUCAGUAAAAUGUAAUAAUUAUGUGGCUUUUGUAUCAGAGUAUACACUCUUGUAAACACAAAUUAAUUUGAUAAUGUUGGUAGGAGAGAAUGUUUUUAAUUCUAUUUUAUUUAUGAAGUACAUACAUUUGCA